CCCCAGGGCUUUAUAGGGAGCCCCGGUGUCCUGCCUCUGGUCUCUGGGAUUGGCAUUUGCCAGCCACCCUUCCCUGGCACCGGUGCGCAGGGGCACUGAGGAAACACCAGGAUCCCUCCCCUUCCAAGACCUGGGCUUUCCAAAAAAAAGGAAAAUAGAUGGACCCCCAAACACACAGGAUGAGUGCCUUGGCGCCCAGUCCUCUGGCCCUGGACUACCUGGAUGAAUUCGACCUGCUGAAGUUUGAGGUGAAGCAGGAGGCCUCCAGGCCGGGGGGCAGCUCAUCGUUGACCUCCACCCCCUGCAGCUCCGUGCCCCCUUCGCCCACCUUUGACAAGGCCGGCGGGGACCCCAAGUCCACUCUGGAGGAGCUCUACUGGAUGGCCACGUUGCACCAGACCCUGGCGGCAGCCGCAGCAGGGGGUGGCCCCGAGACCCAAAUGAUGCCCGGUUUGGAUGAGGCCGUUGAGGCAUUCUUGGGGGUCCCCGUGAUGGAAGGGGGACUCCGGGGAAGAGCCACCCCGCAAAUCCAGGGUUUCGUUGGAGCCGGUGAAGGGCUUGGAGGAGACCAGCAGCAGCUCCCGCCAAUGCUCUCGGACCGCUUCUCAGACGCCCAGCUGGUCUCCAUGUCGGUGCGGGACCUCAACCGCCAGCUGCGGGGCUUCGGCAAGGACGAGGUCCAGCGGCUGAAGCAGAAGCGGCGCACCCUCAAGAACCGAGGCUACGCCCAGUCCUGCCGCUUCAAGCGGGUCCAACAGCGCCAUGUCCUGGAGGCCGAGAAGUGCCAGCUAGCCCAGCAGCUGGAGGCCCUGCGGGUAGAGAUGGCCCGGGUGGCCCACGAGCGAGACGUCUACAAGGCCCGGUGCCAGAAACUCCUCGGGGACGCCGCCGGAGGAUCCGGCGAGGAGACCACCGAGCCCCCAACCCCCCAGUCUACCUCGCUAGCCCAGUUCUUCCUAUAAAUCGCCCUUCCGUGGCCCAGUGGGCUAUGAGAGCUUGAACUGUGUGUGCCCCUAUCCUAGCUCCAGGAUCAUGGAGGCGUCUUCCCCUUUCGGUCCACCAGGGGGCAAUAUCAGCAGAAUGUAAUGACCUUUUCUCCCACCAGGUGGCGCCAAAGCACUUGCCAUUAUGCUGCGGCGCAGUGGGCCAAUCCAACCUACAAAUAUAUAGGUUUUACAGCUUCUCCCAUCUCUACGAAUCUUGGGAAUUGUCAUAGGGAAAAGGGAAGAAUGCUUUCAAAGUAGUUAUGGGCAAUUUUUGGCUCUCCCUAUGUCGCUAUCCUCCAUCUAUGCUAGCUAUCACCAAUGGUGAGGGAUUAUGGGAGCUCCAGUCGUAGUAGACCAGAAGUCCUUUCCCAUUACGGCAUUAUACAUCUUGAUAUCACUUUAAUUGCCACCGUUCUUUUCUAUGGACUGCUGGGAUUUGUAGUUCCACAUUAUAUUACUACACUUUCCAGCAUGUGCAGAAUGUUGCAGUUAAAAUGGUAUCAGAGUGUUAUGAUUGGACACUGGACAUGCAGAACUGGGAUAUGCAGUACACUUGAACCUCAUCAUCCACAAAUUCUGCAAGCAUGGAUUUCACCAUUCACAACUUAUAUAUAUAUAGCUAAAAAGGAAAUCUUCAUUUUGCCAUUUUAUAUAAGGGACACCCCAUUGUAGUACCCCAUUGUAGACAAUGGAACUUGAGUAUCCACAGAUUUUGGGAUCCAUACAGAGUCUUGGAACCAUGUCCCAUUAGAUACCAAGAACCAACUGUAUUUGUGGACUACAACUCUCACAAUUCCCUGCUUAACAUAGGAUUUGUGGUCCAAAAAUUUGAGGGAUUCAAGUUGCCAACUAACAUUAGAGUUUCUUAUAACCAUUGCUCAAAACUACAAAUCCCAAGAUUCUCCAAGAGAAGGAAUGACUUCUAGGCUGCCACUAAACUGUAGAAUUGAUGCUGUUUGACUGCCGUGGCUUAGUGGCAUGGAAGCCUGGGAGUUAUAGUUUGCAGUACUCUUUGGCAUAGAAGGCCCUUGUAAAACUACAACUCCCAGGAUUCCAUCGCAUAGUGCCACGGCAAUCAAACUGGUGUCAAACUGCAUCCAUUCUGCAGUGUAGAUGUGCCCUGAAUCAUGGUGCCAACCUUUACAAUGCUCCUUUUUUUCUGUCAUUGUGUUGGUUGCUUUGUUUGAAGUCAAGAGGGGUAAACUGUAAAGGGAAAGGAGAGGCCAGUGGCGUAACAUCCCCGGGUAGAAAAUUGUGGAAAUGUCAGAGAGAGAAAGGCACGUAUUGUGGUUGCUGAGCAACCGCAUACCUUUCUUCCUCUCCACCUCUCGGCUUUUGUGCGUCCUGACACAAUAGCCCAAUGUGGUACAACUAGGAAUGCAUCUACACUGUAGAGUCAAUGCGGUUUGACACCACUUGAACUAUCAUGGCUCGUUGCUAUGGGAUCCUGGGAUUCAUACAACUCUACGGAUCUCACAGCAUCGGGUCAUGGCUGUUAAAGUGUAGAUCAGGUACAGUAUAGAUCAGAUAUGGCAAACUUUGUCCCUCCAGGUGUUUUGGACUCCAACUCCUACCGGCUGUUAGGAAUUGUGGGAGUUGGAGUCCAAAACACCUGGAGGGACAAAGUUUGCCCAUGCCUGGUGUAGAUGCAUUCAAUGUUUUAUGGGGAUAUGGCCAUUUUCAGGAGGUGAAAGGAGCCAGCGAGGUGGACAUUCAAAAAAAUUCCAACACGGAUGUGUCUAUGUACCCCAAAAGUCCCAUCGCAAUCUUUCAACCGGAUCCACAAAAAAUAAUAAAAACAUUCCCCUUUUUUGGUUUAA